UGUACAUCAGACUCCACCCACUUUAUCUGCUCUAUUUAAGAGAGCACCCAACUUGCAGCUGACACAAUACACGAAUUGGGAAGGAAUCUUUCUAUUCAGAUUAAGAGCAAGACCAUGUCAUACCUGGCGCCAGUGCUGAUGAUUGGUGGGCAUGGUGGUAACGAAUUUCAUUUUGAUGGUAUUGGCAAUGGAGCAACUCUGCGAAAGAUAUGGGUGUGGGCAGGAGGCUGGCAGAUCAAGGGCAUAAAGGUGUGGCUUACUGAUGGCCAGUGCGGGGAAUUUGGACAACUUACCGGGGACUUUAAAGAAUUUACAUUUGAAGAUGGAGAGCACUUCACUUCUCUCUCACUGUGGGGAAAUGGAGCUGGAACACGUCUGGGUGCCAUCAAGUUCAAGACCAAUCGCUCUAGAGAGUUUUUUGCACAUAUGACAGACUGGCAGCUGAAAACAGAAUAUCCAAUUGAUAUUGGUUCUGGAAUCUGCAUGGGAGUCUUAGGAGGAGCAGGUUCAGACAUUGAUAGGUUGGGUUUCAAAUUUAUAAACACCAUCAGGUCUACUGUGUUAAAGAACGUGAAUUAUCCCACACUUCAUAGUCUGAUACCCAAGGUGGCUGUUGAGGUAAUAAAAUCCAUUACUUACAACAACAAUACUAGUGAAAUGCAAGAAUACACAAUGGAAUCCUCAAAAACAAUCACCAAAAAGUCAUCCUGGUCUGUGACCAACAAAAUUGAAUUCAACUUCAGCUUUGAAGUGCAGGCAGGCAUUCCUGAGGUUGUUGAUAUAAGCACUGGGUUUGGUUUUACAGUGGGAUCUGAAAGCACACGUGGUUUAGAGAACUCUGAAGAGAAAACUGAGCAGUUGUCUUUCCCUGUCAAAGUUCGUCCUGGGAAAACAGUAAAUGUAGACGUCACAAUUGGCCGUGUCACCGUAGAUCUCCCCUACACUGGCACUGCCCAAAUUACCUGCCUUAACAACAAUGUUCUGGAGUUUCCCAUCAGUGGAACCUACAAGGGUGUCACUUACACUGAGGCAAAAGCCACUGUUAAUGAAAAAUAGUAAGCAAACUUGCUGUGAACAAUCUGAUUCUUUCUGUUGUCUUUGGAGGGGCUUGGUGAGCUUUGCACAAACAUAAACAUUGUUAAAAAAUUGUUCAAGACCUAAGAAAAAAUUAACAUUGAUUAUGCCAAGCCUUUUGUAAUGUUAAUGGGGGAUGGUUUAAAUAUGUGACAGUUGUUGAACAACACAUCUCAAAGGUGUAACUGCACAAAUAAGGAAUUCAUAAGAAAAUAAUAUAAAAAAAAGUCCCCCAGGGGUUGAUGAGGCCAUGUGCAUAUUGGCUUGUUUGCCUUUUAAUGCUGGUGUC